AUGGAUGAUUUAAGACAAAAGCUUCAAUACACUUCCUUUGAGCUCGAAGCUGUGAAAUCAAAAGCUAAUGAAGAAUCAAAGCUUCACCAAGAAGAAGUGAAGAGUCUUCUUCAUCUUCUCAAACUCGCUCGUCAAGAAAGAGACGAAGCUAAAGAUCAAUUACAGAGACUCCUCACAAUCAAAGCAAACUCGAGCAUCACCGAGUCAAACUCACACGGUUCUUCACCGGUCGACUCGUUCCUCGAACCGGUUUCGUCUCCUGAAUUCUCUAAUUUCAACAUCGUACCGGAACCGGUUCACAAAAUCAAAUUCGGGAACAGGCCCGUUAACCGGAUCUUGAAUUCUCAGCAGAGACCGAUCAAGAUUGAUCCGGUGGAAGCUUUGAUGGACGAGAUCAUAAAAGGGAAGUCUUUACCGGAGAAAGGGAAGCUUCUUAAAAGUGUCAUGGAGUCUGGACCGUUGCUUCAGACACUUCUUGUCGCCGGUCCUCUUCCACGGUGGCGCAACCCUCCGCCGCUUCAACAGAGCUUUAGAGUCCCGCCGAUUUCUAACUCUUUCGAUAUCUUGAAAGGUUGUUCGACGAAGACGUCAAUUCUUAAUUUCAGAGGUUGCUCUGUUCCCGGAAUUGCUACUGGAAUUGAAGUUGCUAAUAAGAGACAAAGAUUUCAUUAG